AUGAACUUCACCAAGAAAAUUGACCGCGCCGUCCAAUGGGCGGGCGAGAAGAUGGGCGGCGAAGCCAAGACCAGCAUGUCGGAGGACUUCAAGAUGCUCGAGACCGAGAUGGCUCUCCGCUAUGAUGGCAUGGAACGUCUCCAGAGGUCGAUGACUGCCUAUGUCAAGUGGAUCGGUCGUCGUGGCGAGGUGUUUGAGGACAGAGAAAAGGGCGUGCCGGCGAGCUACCUUGGCCGCACGAUGGUCGGUCACGGCGAGGACUUCGAGCCGGACUCUGAGUUUGGCAACUGUCUCGUGACGCUCGGCCGUGCCAACGAGCGCAUGGCUGCCAUCCAGGAGCAGUUUGUGGCCGAUGCCACCGUGGCCUGGCUCGAGUCGCUUGACCGCAGCCUGGCUAUGAUGAAGGAGUAUCAGAAUUCCCGCAAGAAGCUUGAGAACCGACGGCUUGCCUACGAUGCCAGCAUCACCAAGAUGCAAAAGGCCAAGCGCGACGACUUCCGCAUCGAAGAGGAGCUGCGCACCAACCGGGCCAAGUACGAGGAGAGCAACGAGGACAUCAUGCGGCGCAUGCAGGACAUCAAGGACGCCGAGGCCGACAGCAUCCGUGACCUGACCAGCUUCAUGGACUGCCAGCUGAGCUACCACGAGCGCUGUGCCGACGAGCUGCGCCGCAUCAAGCGGACGUGGCCGGGCGCCGCAACGGCUGCGAACGCCUCCAACAACGGUGGUUAUGGCGGCAGCAACAGCCUGUCGGUCGGUGGGUAUGGCAAUCGUAGCCGGUCGAACACAGCUCGUUCGUACAACAGCGAGCGGUACAACCCCAACAGCAACAACUUGCCCGAGGAGGAGCCGGAGCCGAUGCCGGCACGCAUGCCGAUCCGGUCCAACAACCGGGUGCCGAGCAACGGCAACUUGAACGGCAGCAACAUGGCCACGCCGGAGAAGCCGCCGAGGCCCAGCCCAGCCAUUCGGUCGAACACGUUUCAGGGCGCGGGCUCGAACGCGGCGGCGGCAACGGCAGCAGCAGCAGUGUCGUCGCUUCGUGGCGGGCUCCGGCCUGUGGGCCGCACGAUGACGAACAGCAGCAACAGCAGCGUGCACGUGGACGACGGCGACGACGGCAGCCCCGAAUGGGGUGGUGACCGCAGCGCAUCGCCGGCCACAAGCUACAGCAGCCUCAAUCGGUCGACUAGCAACCUGUCUGGCAACCCGGCCGGCCGCAAGCCGCCACCGCCGCCGCCGAUUCGGUCCAAGAAGCCGGCACCGCCUCCGCCGAUGAAGCGUGAGGUGGGCUACUAG